AUGCCCUCCUCGCCCACAUUGAUCUUCAUGGCCAUCUUUUGCCUGGAGUCAUUGGCUGCAAUGCUGCAGAAUGGCUUCUUGGUCACAGUGCUGGGCAGGGAGUGGGUAAGGUGCCGGACUCUGUCUGCAAGUGACAUGAUUGUGGCCUGUCUCGCUGCCUCCCGGUUCUGCCUCCAUGGGGUAGCCAUGGUGAACAACUUCCUGGCCUCCUUAGAUUUUUGGCGCACAGUUCCCUAUGUGAACACCUUCUGGGACCUUUUCAAUGCCCUCACUUUGUGGUUUACUGCCUUGCUUGCUGCUUUCUACUGUGUGAAGAUCUCAUCUUUCUCCCACCCCACCUUCGCCUGGCUGAAGUGGAGGAUCUCUCGGUCAGUGCCCAGGCUGAUCCAGGUCUCCCUGAUCAUCUGUGGCCUGGAAGUCAUCUCAUCAGCCACUGGGAAUGUACUGUUUGGUCCGAGGAAGGUCUCCCUGAAUUCCUGCGGAAACGAAACUCUAGUUUAUAGAGUGCAGGCUUCAUUUGAGCUCUACUUUUUCCUUUAUGAAGGGUUUGUGUUGUUGAUUCCAUUCCUCCUGUUCCUAGUGUCCACUGUCUUGCUCAUAGUCUCACUGUGCUGGCACUUGGGGCAGAUGAGGGACCGCAGGCCCGGGCCCUGUCAUCCCAGCACCCAGGCUUACACCGUGGCUCUAAAGUCACUCACCGUUUCCCUCAUCUUCUGUACAUUGUACUUCCUGUUCUUGUUUGUUUCUGCUUUGAAAAUCAUAAACUUUCAGAAUCACUGGCACUGGGCCUGGGAAGUCUAUGCCAACAUCUGUCUGCACUCUACCUUCCUGGUGCUGAGGAGCCCCAAACUGAAAAAGAGCCUGAAGACAUGGCCUCAGCUGCAGUGCCCAUGUGCUGCUGGCUCAUAGGGCUUUGGAAGGUGCUGGCCAUAG